GUGUGGAGCACUCAACGAGGACAACAAUGGUGCCCAGGUGGUGGCUGCAGCUUCUCUGUCUCGCCGGCGGCAUACUCCAGGCUCUCGCCCAGACUGACAGCAUAGGUUUCAUCAGCAUAGACUGCGGGCUACCGGGGGAGGGGGGCUACAUCGACGACACAACGAAGCUGGCGUACGUCCCUGACACUGGCUUCAUCGACUCUGGCACGAACCACAAUAUCUCGGCCGAGUACCUCCGUCCAAUUCAGUCGCGGCGCUCCUACAACCUGCGGAGCUUCCCCGACGGCACGCGCAACUGCUACACGCUCCGCUCCCUGGUGCGGGGUCUCAAGUACCUCGUCCGCGCCAGCUUCACGUAUGGCAACUACGACGGGCUCAGCCGGCCGCCGGCGUCGUUCGACCUCCACAUCGGCGUCAACUUCUGGACGACGGUGAACAUGUGGUCGUGGUCGGACCCGUUGGGCGGCGCGGUGACGGUGGAGGCCAUCGUCGUCGUGCCCGACGACAUGGUGCAGGUUUGCCUGGUGAACACGGGCGGCGGGACGCCGUUCAUCUCAUCGCUGGACCUGAGGCCGCUGAAGAUGAAGCUCUACCCUCAGGUGACGGCAGCGCAGGGGCUGGUCCUGUACGGCAGGUUAAACGCUGGCCAGGCCAACGUCUCGUAUAUUGUCAGGUACCCCGACGACCCGCACGACCGCAUCUGGGCCCCGUGGUUCGACGCCACGAUAUGGACGGAGAUGUCGACGACGGGCAGGGUGCACAACGGUGACGAGAAGGACUUCUUCCUGCCCCCCACGGCGGUGAUGCAGACGGCGUUGACGCCACGGAACGCCUCCUGGAGCAUCGACUUCAGUUGGGACGCAGAGCCCCGGCCCGACGACCCGACCCCAGGGUACAUCGCCAUCAUGCACUUCGCCGAGCUGCAGCUCGUCGACACCAACGCGGUUCGCGAGUUCUAUGUCAGCAUCAACGGCAAGCCCUGGUACUACUCGUCAGGAUACACGCCGGUAUACCUCAACAGCGCUGCCGCCUAUGAUAGUGUUCCCUCCCAGUACAGCAGCAGAUACAACGUCUCCAUCAACUGCACCGCCAACUCCACUCUGCCUCCCAUCAUCAACGCCGUCGAGGUGUUCUCCGUCAUCCCCACCACCAACCUUGGCACCGAGUACCAGGAUGCAUCGGCCGCCAUGGCGAUCAAGGCCAAGUAUCAGGUGCAGAAGAACUGGAUGGGUGACCCGUGCUUUCCCAAGACUAUGGUGUGGGAUAGGCUCACUUGUAACUAUGCCGCCGCCACCAAUUCAAGGAUCACAAGCAUGAAUUUGUCCUUCAAUGGCUUGAAUGGUGAUAUAUCAUCUUCUUUCGCGAACCUCAAAGCUCUCCAACACUUGGAUUUGUCAAACAAUAACUUGAUAGGCUCAAUUCCAGAUGCCCUUUCGCAAUUACAAUCAUUGACAUUUAUAGAUUUGUCUGGCAAUCAGCUCAAUGGAUCAAUUCCCCCUGGACUUCUCAAAAGAAUUCAAGAUGGCUCCCUGGAUCUAAGACAUGGCAACAAUCCAAACCUUUGCACCAGCGGUAAUUCAUGUAAAGUUGCUGCUAAAAGAAAGAGCAAAGUGGCCAUCUACAUUAUCGUCCCAGUACUUGUCAUUGUGGUGAUAGUAUCUGUGGCACUAGUAGUCUUUUGCCUGCUAAGACGGCGGAACCAGCAGCGAGGAUCGAUGAACAAGACCACCGUAAAGCCAGAAAACGAGGAAGAAAUGUCAACGGGCUAUGGCAAUGACAGUGAAUCGCUGCGGCUAGUUGAGAACCGCCGGUUCACGUAUGAGGAACUUGAUAUGAUAACCAAUGGCUUCCAGCGAGUGCUCGGCCGGGGGGGCUUCGGCAAUGUCUACGAUGGCUUCUUACAGGAUGGCAUUCAAGUGGCAGUGAAGCUACGGUCUCACUCCUCCAAUCAAGGAAACAAGGAGUUCCUCGCAGAGGCUCAGAUUUUGACCCGGAUUCAUCACAAGAACCUUGUCUCUAUGAUUGGUUACUGCAAGGACGGGGAGUACAUGGCACUUGUGUACGAGUACAUGGCCCAAGGAACCCUACGAGAGCACAUUGCCGGAAGCAACCACAACAGAAGUUUACCAUGGGGAGAGAGACUUCGAAUCGCACAUGAAUCUGCACAAGGGUUGGAGUAUCUACACAAGGGGUGCAAUCCACCCCUCAUCCACAGAGACGUCAAGGCCACCAACAUCCUACUGAACGCAAGAUUGGAAGCCAAGAUCGCCGAUUUCGGCUUGUCCAAGGCCUUUGACCAGCAUAACGACGCCUACAUUUCCACAAAUACGCUUGUUGGUACCCCAGGGUACGUCGAUCCGGAAUACCAGGCCACUAUGCAACCAACGACUAAGAGUGAUGUGUACAGCUUCGGCGUGGUGCUUCUAGAAUUAGUCACGGGGAAGCAAGCCAUCCUUUCGGAUCCAGAGCCCACAAGCAUCAUCUAUUGGGCACGGAAGUGACUGGCACGAGGCAACAUCGAGACUGUGGUGGACGCGCGCAUGCAUGGAGAUUACGAUGUAAACGGUGUGUGGAAGGUGACGGAGAUCGCCCUCAAAUGCACCGCGCAGGCGUCGACACAACGACCCGCCAUGGCUGACGUG